AUCCACCGUAUAUGACAUCCGGUGAAGGUCGAAUAGAAUGCACUUCGACAAUUCCGCAGCUUGCUAGAACGAAACGGUCGAUGCCGUAGACGCCAGGUGUUGCCUGUUGAGCUCGUUUACUCGCUGGACCAUCCCGAAACCGUUCCUUCGUCCUCCCCCUGGCAUCUCUCUCGUCUCUCGCUCGAUCGCUCGGGGCGUCUCCUCAAGUCCUCCGCUGUCGCUCCUCCGUCAGCGACGAUGAGCCGAAGACAAAGUGGCCUCCUCCUCCGCACCAUCCUCUUCCUCUUCGCCCUCAACUUCGUCUCUCUCGCCUUCUACUUCCUCCUCCAUCCGCGCCCCUCCUUUUCCCCCAAAACCCUAACCCCACCCUCCUUUCCCGCCCUCAAGCCCUGGCCCUCCCUCCCUUCCUUCCUCCCCUGGUCCUUCUCACCCCCGCCGCCGGCCCACUCCUGCGAGGCCUACUUCGGCCACGGCUUCUCCCGCCGGAUCGACCUCCUCCGCUCCUCUUCCUCCGCCGGCGGCGGGGGGUGGUUCCGGUGCUACUACAGCGAGACCCUCGCAACCUCCAUCUGCGAGGGGGGCAGGAUAAGGAUGGACCCGGGGAGGAUCUCGAUGACGGACGGCGGAGAGGCGCUGGAGACGGUGAUGGGGCGCGAGGAGGAGGACGAGCUCCCCAAGUACGAGCCUGGGGCGUUCGAGAUCGAGGCCGGGGAGGAAGUUAUCGGGCGCGCCGAUCGGAGGGUCGUGGAUGAGCUUGAUCGAUAUUUGCCGCGGAAGGGGGUUCACAUCCAUACCAUGCGGGCUCUCAUGCGUUCCAUGCGGUUGGUCGACCCAGGGAAGCUCGAAUGUACUCAGUGGGUUGAUGAGCCAACUCUUCUGGUGACACGUUUUGAAUAUGCAAACCUUUACCACACAGUUACUGACUGGUAUAGUGCAUAUGUUAGUUCUCGAGUUACGAACUUGCCAAAUCGACCUAAUGUGGUUUUUGUGGAUGGCCAUUGCAAGUCACCGCUGGAAGAAGCUUGGGAGGCACUCUUUUCUGGUGUUAGAUAUGCUAAGAACUUUUCAGGUCCAGUUUGUUUUCGUCAUGCAAUUAUGUCACCCUUGGGGUAUGAGACAGCUAUAUUUAGAGGGCUGACCAAUAGGAUAACCUGUCGAGGCACAUCUGCACCCAUCCUCCAGGAAAACCCUGAUACUCAGAAAACUGCCCGACUAUCUGAAUUUGGAGAGAUGCUCAGAGCAGCUUUCGGUCUCCUAGGAGAUGGAAACCUGCCGACAAUGCCAUCGGCAGGCCAUAAUGUCCUUUUUGUGCGUCGUGAAGAUUAUUUAGCCCACCCGCGGCAUAGUGGAAGAGUGGAGUCUCGACUAAGCAAUGAGCAGGAGGUUUUUGAUGCAAUUAAGAAUUGGGCGGAUGAUCAUAAGAAAUGCAAAAUAAAUGUUGUCAAUGGUCUUUUUGGACACAUGCAUUUGAAAGAGCAAAUCCGUGCUAUUCAAGAGGCUUCAGUCAUCAUAGGGGCUCAUGGAGCUGGUCUCACUCAUUUGGUUGCAGCAACGGUUGACACCAUAGUGGUUGAGAUCAUCAGCAGCCAAUAUAGGCGCCCGCAUUUCGCCUCCAUCUCGGAGUGGAAAGGGUUGGAAUAUCAUGCCAUCAAUCUCGCUGGAUCAUUUGCUAUGCCAGCCGAUGUUGUCAACAAGCUUAGCAGCAUAAUGGGAAGCCUUGGAUGCUGAUAUCGUGGACAACAUCUUCAAGUGAGUGAUUCUUAGCGUGCAGUCAAAAUGCAAGCAUCCGUUUUACCCAAAAAGAGGGGGGAAAAAAAAACACAAAGCAUACUAUUGUUAAUAAAUUUUGUGCCGAUUUGGCUCAUGUUGUAGUGGAAGUAGCAUUUGCCAAACCAUUCCGGAUUCCGGAUGUGCUGAAUCCUAAUGAUCGAUUGGUAUUGUUCCGAUGUUCAAUUUUAA